UUCCUUGUACGGAAACGUCUCCUUAACAACCGGAGUCAAACACCAGAAGUUUUUUCUGAACAAACACCACGAGGCAGGAUGGCUGGGACUGGAGAGGGAAAGAAAGAAGAACCCGAUUACAAGAAACUCUUCAACUUCCCCCUCAUCAGGCACACAGACAUGCCAGAGGAAAUGAAGGUUGAGACAAUGGAACUGUGUGUGACAGCCUGUGAGAAAUUUGAAACCAACAAUGAGAGUGCAGCAAAAAUGAUCAAAGAGUCAAUGGACAAGAAGUUCGGCAGCUCGUGGCACGUGGUUAUCGGCGAGGAUUUCGGUUUCGAGAUCACACACGAGGCGAAGAACCUCCUCUACAUGUUCUACGGAGGAAGGCUGGCUAUUUGUGUAUGGAGAUGCUCCUAGCAGCGCCUUCCGUCCUCAGCUCCUCCAUGACGUGGGCUGGGAAUGAACACCAGCUACCGGCCGCAUGCUGCUGGUCACAUUUCUGUUGUGGCGGGUCGGUUUUGUGCACACUACCAGCAGAAAGUCAAACACCACUGGGAGAUCUUAUGCCAUUUGAAGAAGUGGUUGCUGAGGAGAACUUUUGAAAGCGAAGUCAUACUGCAGUAGUCACCUUGGCUGGUAGGCACAAGAGCAGCUUCUUGUCCUGUCUGUUCUUUUCUCUUUAGGUCACUCUGUGCCAGUUCACCCAAAAUUCUGAAGUUUUCCCAGUUUAUGUCAAGGAUAUUCUUGGGGAAAAAUCAUAUAAAAACUUAUAUUAAAUUCAUAGGGCUGGCAAAAAUCCUCGCUCUACUCCACAUACUUUUUUAUUUAUGAAUUGGACCUUUGGACCUUUCAUUUGGUGUGUGUGUGUUUUGUAUGUGUACACUAAGCAAUGGAGACUUAGAAUCUUGAAUCUUCAGCAUUUGUAUUGGAGCAUCCAAGACACCCUAAGGGUAAUAUACAACAUAGAUUCUUGUAAAAUAGUUGUUGCUGAAUAUUCACUGUAAUAUUUAAUUAUAUAUAAAAUGUUAUAAAACUUUUUUUUUUUUUUAAAUAGCCUAAAUGUGUUGAUUUUCUGCCAUUGAUUGGUUGAUUAUGUAAGUGUUUCUUGGAUGUUCAGUACAGCAGAGUGAAGCAUAUAUGAUUGAUGAGGCCUGGAGUACUUAUAGAAAGGAGGGACAAGCUUAACAGAUUCAUGACUAAAAAGUAUUUGGUGUUGAGAUGAAGUUUUUAAAUGAUUUUUCUUCAUGAUAAUCUCUGACGUGACCGGGGCUUUCUGCGGUGCUAUGACAUCGAACGGCCCCGUCGCUCCUCAUUCUCCGUUGUUCUCAGAAGCCAACACUUUCCACGUUUUGUGAGUGUUCCCGUGUCGUAAGUUCAGUUUUUACUAAAAUACAGCUAGCCAGGGUCUCCAAAGUCCUUUAUCCUCAUUCCUCUGCAGGGAGUGUGUGUGAGUGAUUUGUAUGUUUGUGUGUGCUAGUCACACACUUUUUGUUUUUUUUGUUUUUUUUAUUCUUUUUAUUUAUUUUUUUAUUUGAAAAAGGACAUUACAUGGUCACCUUCCUGAGCAGCUUCUGUUUAACAGUUAACUGUUCAUCUUGAAUUUUUCACAGCUGUGUCUUUCUCUUUCACUCUUUCUCUCUAAUCACACUAAUCUUUCAAUACAAUUUCUAAUAUUUUUUAUCUGUACAUACAUUUUGAUGAACUUGAGAAAAUUCUUUUUAAAAACCUGUGUCAUCUUCUUACAAACUAAUGGUUCAGAAACCUCUGAGCCAAACAACAAAAGUCUGAACCACCUUAUUUUCCCUGUAAAGGUGUUUGUAAUAAUUCCUUCAAAUAUCAUCCCUCUGGGUGAUAUUGAUAAUGUGAUUGUUUUGAUGCCAGUUUUAAUGCUUCAGUGCAAUGGACUAUUAACAUGUGAACAGACCUGAUUGUACAAUAAACUCUGAAUUCUGUUGAAAAGGA